UUUUUAAAAAAAAAAAAUUGGCAACGGUUAACCGUUGCCAACUCUGAUAUUUAAAAUGGCGCUCACUUAAGUUGGCAACGGUUUUCAUGAACCGUUGCCAUAGGGGGGUUGCCUAUUUCUUUUUUUCUACUAGUGAACAAACCUUAAGAGAGAGAAAAUUGCCGGUUGAAGAGUGAAAAUCGCCAAAAAGUCGCCGGUUGAGGAGAGAGAAAAUCGCCGGUUGAAGAGAGAGAAAAUCGCAAGAGAAAAUGAGGAAGAGAGAUAAAGUGGUUGUCUGAAUAAAUGAGGAAGAGAGAGAAAAUUAUUGUUUCUUUUGGCAAUUAAGAAAUGGCACGUGUGAGGGAAGUAAAUGCUUUCCCAAAAAUUCCGCCACACACAAAGUUAUUGUAAAUCCGCCUUUAUUAAACAUUUGUGAAAACUAGUUGAAUAUCAAAUGUCAUUUUCGCCUUGCGUUGAUGCGUGUGUGUGAGUGGAUUUAAAAUCAUACUCAAAUUAAGUUAUUUUUGCCAUGUGUAAGAGUUAAUAUAGCUUAAUAUAUUGAAUAAUAAAAUAUAGUUUGGAGACUAAACUCUAGUGACAAGUGACCUUUUAAGAUUCAUCGCAAUAUAUAGUCUAAAAAAUCAGCUUUUUAUACAUAUACUUUUUUUUUUUUUUUCUUUUUUUUUUUUUUUUAAUACGUAGUUGAAGAAAUUGAUAUUUAAGUAUGAGCAUUGAAAUAAAUGCAUAAAGACAAAUAUAUAUGAACAGGAAGAGUCAUAAAACAAAAGGAUUAUUAAUGGAAUACAUCCAUUAUUUUUUAAUGUUAAACAUGAAACAUGCCCUAGUUGUUUGUCAAGUUUAACCGAUUCGUAUUAUUGGAUUUAGUUGGUAGAACAAGUUGUUUUUUUUUCUUUUUUUUUUUUAUUUUAUUUCUUUUCCAAACAAACCAACACCUAGUAGUAUAUAAUUGAACACCAUUAAUAUCUCCUAUCAUAAUAACAAGAGAGAAAAUACAGUUAAUUAUUUAAGGCAAAAUAAAGCUAGCUAUAAUAAUUCUAACUAUAGGGAAAAAGAAUAAAAAUGCAUGAGCAACUAUUUCUAGUGUUGAAAUCAACGUUGUUGGUUAUAGCACUACCCAUGUUUAUACUAGGCAUCAUUUCAAGGGUAAGGCGGAAGCCAUACCCGCCAGGCCCAACGGGCCUGCCCAUCAUUGGCAACAUAGCGAUGAUGGGCCAGCUGACCCACCACGGGCUAGCCAAGAUGGCCAAACGUUAUGGCGGGCUGUUCCACCUCAAGAUGGGCAUGGUACACAUAAUGGUGGUCUCCAGCCCGGAUGAGGCCCGAGAAGUUCUACAAGUCCAAGACAGCGUCUUCUCCAACCGGCCCGCCAGCAUUGCCAUCAGCUACCUCACCUAUGAAAGGGCCGACAUGGUUUUCGCACACUACAGCCCUUUUUGGCGUAAGAUGCGCAAGCUAUGCGUCAUGCACCUCUUUAGCCGGAAACGGGCCGAGUCAUGGCAGUCCGUCCGCGACGAGGUAGACCACAUCGUCUGGGCCCUUUCGGGCCGGACUGGGUGUCCCGUUAAUAUCGUGGAUCACGUGUUUAAUCUUACUAAGAAUGUUAUAUACCGGGCCGCCUUUGGGUCCAAAUUCUCCGAGGGGCAGGAUGAGUUCAUUGCCAUCCUGCAGGAGUUUUCGGAGCUUUUUGGAGCGUUUAAUAUUGCGGACUUUAUCAUGUUUCUCACUUGGGUUGACCCGAAUGGGCUUAAUGACCGGCUAGUUAAGGCCCGGACUGCAUUGGACCGAUUCAUAGAUCCGAUUAUUGAUGAUCAUGCCAAGAAGAAGGCAACUAAUAAUGAACAUGUAAAACAAGACAAUAAAGUUGAAGAAGAUCUUGAUGUGGUGGAUGAGUUGUUGAACUUUUACAGUGAGGAUGCCAAACUUAAUAAAGCAGGAAGUUCCACAGAACCUAUCAAGCUUACUAAGGAAAACAUCAAAGGUAUUAUCAUGGACAUGAUGUUUGGAGGAACGGAAACAAUAACAUGGGCAGUAGAAUGGGUAAUGACAGAAUUAUUACGCAACCCCGAAUACAUGAAACGGGUCCAACAAGAGCUUUUUAACGUUGUUGGUUUAACACGACGGGUCAACGAAUCGGAUCUUGAUAAGCUCCCAUUUUUUCGAUGUUGCAUAAAAGAGACACUACGUAUGCACCCACCAAUCCCGCUCUUGCUCCACGAGACUGCUAAGGAUGCGGUCAUAGGAAAAUACUACAUUCCUAAACGAUCACGAGUCGUGAUCAAUACAUGGGUUAUAGGAAGAGACCCGAACUCAUGGUCUGAUCCAGACACGUUCAAACCCGAAAGGUUCCUUAAAGAGGGUGCACCCGAUUUUAAAGGGGCUAAUUUUGAAUUUAUACCUUUUGGAUCGGGUAGACGGUCUUGCCCGGGUAUGGGGUUAGCGUUAUACACGCUUGAGUUGUGCGCGGCAAACUUACUCCAUUGUUUUACGUGGGAGUUGCCUGAUGGGAUGAAGCCGAGUGAACUAAAUAUGGAUGAAACAUUUGGACUCACUGUUUCGAAGGUGAGUCGACUCAUUGCGGUGCCUAGUCCCCGCCUGUUGUGCCCGCUCAGCUGAAUACAUCAUGAAGCAGAAGCUGCAGGAUUGGUGAUUGCAACAACGAAGGUGGUGAUAUCAAAUUUGUUCACCCCUCCUUUCAAGUGGGAUAUUUAGCACUAGCCCAACGGGCUCGCAUGUGAGCAAGCGUGACAGAGGCUCCUCGACCAUUAGCUUUAGUUUUUGGUUGAGUUACGUCAUUUAACAUUAUUACUAGUAUAUGCAAUAUAUAAUUUUGUACAUUGUAUAAUAAAAUUUCACUGCAACUUGUCAUGCUACUUUUUAUUAUUUUAUUUUUUUUAUAUAUCUGUUGUUCUUUGAAUAUUUGUUGAUACACCAACUAAAUUCAUG